AUGACCGACGACGCAGAAUCCUUGAAAAGCUACAAAAUAACAAAAAAUGAAGCCAAGCUGUAUGGCUAUCGUCAACAAGCAGCAAAGCUCGACCAUCGAAUUUGUGCUUUUGCCACCAUUGCCACCACUGCCACCACUACCACUGUUGCCACCACUGCUACCACUAUCACACAGCCUUAUCCUUGGAAAAGGCUAUUAAAAGAGCUCCUCCACUUAAUGGAAGAAGACAUUGCAAGAAAGAGGGCUUGUUUGCAAUCAUUAGAUAGUGAUAUUGACAGACUCGAGCGUGAGAAGGCAAGCGCUCUUGCUGAAAUCAAGUUUAAGCAAAAAAUAUUAGAAUUUGUCUUACUCCUAGAAUAA